AUGGACUCUGCCGAGCCGGAACAGACUGCCUUCUCGUCAGUCACAGCCCACACCUCGAAGCUGCAAAGACAAUACCAGGCGCUUCUCGAUCAGUCAACCCCCUUCGUGCUUUACAGAUGGAUCGCCACGGGCGUCUGCCUCCUGGGCUUCUUCGCUCGCAUCUUCGUGGCGCAGGGCUGGUACAUUGUCGCCUACGCUCUCGGAAUCUACCUGCUCAACUUGUUCCUGGCCUUCUUGCAACCCAAGUUUGACCCCUCCAACGAGGCUAUGGACACUGAGAUGGAGGACGGUGGUGUCGGCAUUCUCCCCACCAAGCAGGACGAGGAGUUCAAGCCCUUCAUUCGCCGCCUCCCCGAGUUCAAGUUCUGGUACUGGGCCACCCGUGCCAUCGCCAUCGCCUUCUUCUGCAGUUGGUGGGAGAUCUUCAAUGUCCCCGUCUUCUGGCCCGUCCUGGUCAUGUACUGGUUCAUCCUCUUCUUCCUGACGAUGCGCAAGCAGAUUCAGCACAUGAUCAAGUACCGCUACGUUCCCUUCACCUUUGGCAAGAAGAACUACGCCAAGAACAGCUCCUAA